AUGCCGACCCUGUCGAAGCUGUACAAAAUGCAAGAGGCAGCCCAACACAACACUCCUCAAGAUUGCUGGGUCGUUAUUGAUGGCAAGGUGUAUGAUGUGGGUUCAUAUUUGGAUGAGCACCCUGGCGGAGAUGAUGUUAUCCUUGCUACUACUGGCAAAGAUGCAACAGAUGAAUUUGAAGAUGCUGGGCAUAGCAACGAUGCCAGAGAGCUGUUAGAAACCUUUCUCAUUGGUGAGCUUGACCCGUCUGACACAGUCAUCCCGGAACUUGAAAUCUCCAAGAAACAAGCAGAUUAUACUCAGAAGCUCAAGGAUUUCACAAAGCAAUAUUGGGCAGUUCCUGUAGCUGUUGUUGGUGUCUCAGUGGUGGUUAGCUUCUUGUACUUGCGCAAGAAGUAG